AUGGGCCUACUCUGCUCACAGGACAAGGUCUCUCGAUUUGUCGAGUUCUUCCAGAACGUGUUCGGAGAAGUCGAUAUCGCCGUUGAUGAGGCCGAGAGCGUCGUGAAGUGUUGGUGGGGGCGUAGUGAUCGCGCCGCCAGCAGAACAGUGGAUUACCUGGAGCAUGGCAUCCGAGUCUGCCGGGAAGGGCCGUGGCAGGUGAGGAUUCCCACGCGCCCCGCAGAGAGCGGGACGUCGCGCCUGGUGCUCUCGGCCGGUGUGCCGUAUCCAUCGGACAAGCAGCUGGGUGCGCUAUCUGCCGUCUACGGCAUCGUGGCUGCUAGCGUCAAGGCGAAUUGCUUGAAGGCCCAGCCGUCGUCGCCGCCGUCAUCAGGCGAUGGUGCCGAUGUCGGCCUCAGCGGGGCGCGGCACCGACAUGACGGCCUCCCUCAAAGCUUUGCUCCUCCUAGCGUGGAGGCGGCCAGUGACAGCGUUAAGGUUGCGCAGCUGUGGGGGCUCCAUGACUGUGUCCAGGCCGCCCUGGAUCGCCUGGUUGCCGGGCCAGAGGAUCGUCUGGUUGUCGGGCCAGACAAGAAUGCAUACCGGGAACACGUUUCUCUGCGGCUCGGACAACGUAACCUGGAACAGCUCGCGAGCACCGGGUGGGUCCGCGAGGUGGAGCGGCGAGGGGCAAAGACUUGUCUGCGCCAUCACCAUCGCAACGCGUGGUAG